GCUCAGCUGGGCUGUGGCUGGCAUGAUUGCUUGCAAAAGAGGACUUCUAGCCACAGCAUUGUCAUCUGUCCAUAACUACGGCGCGCAUCAAACCAUUUAUUUAUGCAAUCAGUAGCAAGCCUUUAGCUCGGUCGACAAUGGCGUACCAGAAACUCCCCCUCUCUACCGUCGCCUUUCUCUUGCUCGUGAACCUCCAUGGCGAGCAUUCGAUGGCAAAGGAGGUCGUACCAGUGGGUGUGGUUCUUGAUUUGAACUCCCCGGUGGGAGGAGUUGCAGAGCGUUGCAUGUCCAUGGCACUCUCCGAUUUUUACGCUGUCAAUGAUGAUUAUAACACCAGGCUCGCUCUUUGGACUAUGGAUUCUGGGAAUGAUGUCAUUGCCGCAGCAUCUGCAGCACUGGAUUUAAUGAAGAAUGAAGAAGUGCACGCCAUCGUAGGACCUCAAACGUCAGCACAAGCUAAGUUCGUUGUUGAACUUGGACGAAAAGCACAGGUUCCCAUCAUUUCCUUCUCAGUCACAAGCCCCUCUCUUUCCCCUGCUCAAAACCCCUUUUUCAUACGCAUGGCGCUAAAUGAUUCCGCUGAGGUGAAAGCCAUAGCAGCCAUUGUUAAGGCCUACGGUUGGCGGGAAAUUGUCCUUAUUUAUGAAGACACAGAUUAUGGAAAUGGUUUACUUCCAUACUUGAUGGGUGCUUUUGAAGGGAUUGGAACUCGAGUGCCUUACAAAAGUGCAAUUCCUCCAUCUUCCAAUAACAACGAAAUCGCUAAGGAGAUUAAAAAGUUGAAGGAAACUAAUGCUAGGAUAUUCAUUGUGCACAUGACUGCUUCACUUGGCUCGAAGCUCUUUGUACUUGCAAAUAAUGCAGGAAUGAUGAGGGAAGGGUAUGCAUGGAUUAUCACAGCAGGGCUAUCAGCUUUGGUUGAUCCUUUGGGCCCAAAGGUGAAGGAGUCGAUGCAAGGUGUGCUGGGAUUGCGACCAUACAUACCCAGAUCAAAACAGUUGGAAGACUUCAAAAGAAGAUGGAAAAGAAAUUUAACCUCAAGCAAACCAAACGUUAAGAUUACUGGAUUAAACCUCUUUGGAUUAUGGGCAUAUGAUACAGCUUGGGCUUUGGCUAUGGCAGUAGAGAAGGCUGGCAUAAUGCAUUCUGGAUUCUUAAAGAAAAGUGCUAGCAAAAGUAACGUGGAUCUUGCAGCUCUAGGCAUUUCUGAAACGGGUCAAACACUACUUCAUACACUUCUAACCACUGAGUUUCAAGGCCUGAGCGGGAAAUUUCAUUUGAUUAAAGGACAGUUGGAACCUUCAGCCUUUGAAAUACUCAAUGUGAUUGGAAAAACAGAGAGAAUUAUUGGAUACUGGACAGAAAAGACAGGACUUUCGCAAGAAUUGGAUGACACUGGUGAAGUAGCAUACUCAAUUUCAAAGGUCGGACUCAAGCAACCAAUCUGGCCAGGAGACACAACAAACGAGCCGGCAAAGUUGAGGAUUGGGGUUCCAGUGAGAAAAGGUUUUGAUGAAUUUCUGAAAGUGGAAUGGGAUCCUCGUAUUGAUAAGCCUAUCAUAUCAGGGUUCUCCCAUGAUGUGUUUCUUGCUGUUCUCAAGGCAUUACCAUUCCCCCUUCCUUAUGAGUUUAUUCCCUUCAUGAAUAAAGAUAGGCAGAGUGCUGGAACAUACGAUGAACUUACUUACCAAAUCAAACUUCAGAAGUAUGAUGCUGUGGUGGGAGAUACAACAAUUGUUGCCGAUCGCUCCUUAUAUGUUGAUUUCACUUUGCCUUACUCAGAAUCAGGCGUGUCAAUGGUGGUUCUGGUGAAAGAUGAAGAGAAGAACAACUUUUGGAUUUUCUUAAAGCCACUAAGCUUGGAUCUGUGGUUAACAACAGGUGCAGCAUUUGUCUUUACAGGUUUGGUGAUUUGGGUUCUUGAACACCGAAUAAACAGUGAGUUCAGAGGCCCGCCAGAUCAACAACUUGGCAUAAUUUUCUGGUUCUCCUUCUCAACACUGGUCUUUGCUCACAGGGAGAGAAUGGUAAACAACUGGUCAAGAUUCGUGAUGAUCAUUUGGUUUUUCGUGGUGCUCAUCCUCACACAAAGUUAUACUGCAAGUUUGGCCUCGAUGUUGACAGUACAGAGAUUGCAGCCUACGUUUGUUGACGUAAAAGAGAUAAAAAGGAACGGUUAUUUUGUUGGAUAUCAAAAUAAUUCCUUUGUGAAAGGACUUCUGAUAAAACAGUUGAAUUUCAAUGAGUCCCAGUUGAAGCCUUACAGCACCCCUGAGGAGUAUCACGAAGCACUGUUUAAAGGAAUCAACAAUGGUGGGGUUGCAGCUAUUUUUGAUGAAAUUCCCUACAUCAAGCUCUUCCUUGCAAACUACUGCUCCAAGUACACUACGGUUGGACCGACCUACAAAACCGAUGGAUUUGGCUUUGCCUUCCCACAAGGAUCUUCUUUAGUCCCACACAUUUCAAGGGCAAUCCUUAAUGUGACUCAAGACAGAGACAAAUUCGGAGCACUUGAGCAGAAGUACUUUUUAGGUAGUGGAAGUACUAGUUCUUGUGAAGAUUCAAGUGCCUCAAUCUCUUCAAAUAGCCCUAGUCUCGGUCUGUACAGCUUCGGAGGCCUCUUCAUCAUCACCGGAGUUGUGUCCUUGUUCUCACUAUCGGUUUAUGUGUUGAAGUUCCUUCGCACGCAUUGGCCUGCUUUAAGUACCACACAUCCUGAAAGCUCCUUUUCGUCCAAGUUGAUUGAAAUGGCCAAGUAUUUUGACCGGAAAGAAGAUCCCUCUUCACAUCCCAAUAUUGAAAGACAUACAUCUAGGAUACAUGCUGUAUCAAGUCCUGACGUAACAGAAUUUCGUCAUGAUAUGGAGAACCACUCCAGGAAUUUCGACGUUGAAAGCGACAGGGAUGAAAGUCCUCCUUCUACGAGUUUUCCUUCUCGGCGUAGUGAUAUUACAUCUUUGCAUGAGGGCGUACCAAAUUAAAAGUCCAGUUCUUCUACGUACAGACAAUUUCAUGCACUCCUUUGUGCAUGCCUGCUGACAUGAAUUUUUAUAUUAUUAUGAAAAAAAAAAAAAAAAAAAGCGAGGAAGAGCCAUUUCUUUCA